CAAAGCUAAAAUGUGUUUUUUGUGGUCCUAUUUAAAGGAUUUAAUGAUGAGCGUGUGUAAAAUAUGGUUUUACUGAACUAGUGCGGUAAAAUGUCGGAGAAUUACAGAAGGGUGGUGCGCGUUAAGAGCCUAAGACGGCAUAAUUGUGACGAAGAUGCGGGUCCUUCUUCAGAAUGUCAGGAGUUUAAUGAAGAGAUUACAGAUCCUUACAUUUUGAGGAGAAAAGAAUCCACCGAUUGUGUAUAUGAUAUAUUUGUGAAGGUAAUGCUUUUGGGGGACUCAGGUGUUGGUAAAACUUGUAUAUUAAUGAGAUUUAGAGAUGGACUGUUUUUGAGAGGAAACUUUAUUUCAACUGUUGGAGUAGAUUUUAGGAACAAAGUAGUUUCUGUAGAUCAAACCAGGGUAAAACUACAAAUAUGGGACACUGCUGGACAAGAAAGAUUUCGAAGCGUUACCCAUGCUUAUUACAGAGAUGCACAUGCCUUGCUUCUAUUGUACGAUGUGACGAAUAAAACUAGCUUCGACAACAUAAGAGCCUGGCUGGGAGAAAUCAGGGAGUACGCACAAGACGAUGUCGUCAUUAUGUUAUUGGGAAACAAAGCAGAUUGUGGAUCAAACAGAGCUGUAAGACGAGAAGAAGGGGAACGUUUAGCAAGAGAGUAUAAUGUAACAUUCAUGGAAACUUCAGCAAAAAGUGGGCAAAAUGUGGAACUAGCUUUUCUAGCGAUUGCCAGGGAACUAAAAUAUCGACAGACUGGUCAACGGGAUCCAAAUCGGUUUAACGUGCAGGACUACGUGAGGGAGCAGACAAAUAAAACUCAAGCACAGUGUCCGAAUUGUAAUACCUAGUUAAACUGGAUAGUGGACCCUUUAUUCUGAAAAAUACACCAUAAAUAACAAUUUUGUAUUAUCUGUUGAUAAAUAAAAAGAUAGGGUUCACUUAAAAAAAAAAGUCGUAACAAUUACUAUUAAAAAUAACCAAAAUUACACCAAAAAGAAUCGACUGAAAAAAUGAACAAUAAAUGGUUUUUUAUAAAUAACUAAUUUAAUUAACCUCAUAACAUAACA